AUGCUCCUGGAGCCACGCAGUCUGUUCGUGAUGACCGACAAGGCGUACACGACGAUGCUUCACGGAAUCGCCGAACGGGAAACGGAUCUGAUUGAGCCGAGCAAAGUGUUCAACUGUCCCGAGGAGUUGGCCAACAAACGGAUCGAAAGAGACACUCGCAUUUCGGUCACGGUCCGCAACGUCGAAAAAGUCUCCAAGCUCGGUGUCUUUGACCUUCUCAAAAAAUAA